CCGGCCCCUGACACCGGCCUCCCGGGCGCAGAGCGCAGAAGGCGGCUGCAGAAUCCGAGGUGCGGACCGCUGCGUGCCCUGCCCUCUGCUGCACGCGCCAUGCGGCCGGCCUGGGCGCUUCUCGGCCUCUGCUGCCUCAUCUGGAGGGUCACAGGGGGCCCUUCUGGAGAUUUUUGCUCCCAGAUCCAUAACUCAGGUGUAAAGCCAGGAUUUCCUAAAACCAUCAAGACCAAUGACCCAGGAGUCCUCAGAGCUGCCAGGCACACCGUUGAACGGUUCAAUAACUGCUCAAAUGACAUCUUUUUGUUCAAAGAGUCCCAUGUCAACAGCGCUAUGGUCCAGGUGAGGGCCCCAGUCCAGGUGGGGGCCCCAGUCCAGAUAGUGAAAGGCCUGAAAUACAUGCUGGAUCUGGAAAUCGGCAGGACCAUGUGCAAGAAAACCAGGCACCCGAGUCUGGACAAGUGUGACUUCCAGACCAACCACACCUUGAAGCAGACUUUCGGCUGCUACUCUGAGGUCUGGGUCAUCCCCUGGCUCCACGAGAUCGACGUGCCCGUCCUCCACUGUCACUGAGCCCCUCCUCACCAGCACUGCAGCCUGGGACAGACGGGCAGCUCCUUCCCCUCAGUCACCUUCGGCCGCAGGGCCACCAUCCGGCUGGUACCAGGCUCUGAGUCUUCUGAAACAGGAUCUCGUGCGUGAGCAGAGGGGGAGGGCAGGUGGGCUCACAGUGCAGCGCGGUGGAGGCAGCAGACCACCGGUGCCAGGCUCGCUGUGUCUCCUUUGCUUCUGGAAUUUACUCAUUUUGCAGACACCGUGCACUUAGAUUCAGGGUCUGGCAUAGGGGGCUGAGUCCUUGGGUGGGAAUUACUCAAGUCAGGGGUGAAUCCUGGCCUCCUGGGGGAUGUCAAGAUGUGGGUGUCCCCUGCCCCUGCCCACCCACUGGUCCCAGGCCCGCAGAUGUGAGUCCCAAGGGCCACCUUUGAUCUGAAUACUAGUUACAGCACUGGGUAGGGGGAUGAGCCUGCUCCCAGCCACCUUGACCUCUCGGGGACAGAUGAUGAUGAAUAAAGAUGAACAAAGAACUGGCCAUCUGGAAA